AUGCCGACCGAUGGCGACCCAGCACAGAAGGACCCUCCGGUCCCUCAUGUGCGCAAAGAGACGCCAAUCCCCCCGCCGGUUAUUCCUCGUCUCCCGAGCUCCCUACCGCAGAAGCGGGCUCUUGUCGAGGAUGAUCACGCUCCUGCCGUCAAGUCCCCCCUGAAUCCGGAUUCAAAGAUCCCCAAAGCGCAGACACCAAUCCCGCCGCCAUCAAUUCCUGCUCAAGCUACUGCUCGAGCUCCUACUCCAUCUGCUCGAGCUUCCACGCCGUCUGCUCGGGCUCCCACGCCGUCUGCCAGAGCGCCCACACCCUCCGCUCGAGCUCCAACACCAUCCGCUAGAGCUCCAACGCCUUCGACAGUCCCUCCCCCGGCGGCGGUGCCAACACCCGUCGCGCCAGUAGCAGCACCAGCACCAUCCGCGCCUGUGCAAACACCGGUGCCACCACCAGCCCCGGCCGCUGCUCCUCCGGCAGAUGAGACCCCAUCUAUGGCCCGGGAAAAGCGCACAAAGAAGGAGUCUCUCAAAAAGCGAGAAUCAAAAGGAGCUUUAGCGGGUGUUGACAGCGCCAGAGCGACCCCAGAGCCAAGGCGUAGGGACCCGAGGUCUGCUGGAGGAGAGGCGCUCCCGAUGCGAUACAAGCUCAAUGGACCUAUUAAGCCGUCAGACUUUGAUCAAGCUCAGGGCCCUGUCUUCAGAAGUCACCAUGAGGAAGAGGGCCCCAAUGGCGAGACUAUUGAAUUCUUUGAACCCUCCGAACAACCUGUCAACCGGAGGGGAUAUGUCUACGAAUACGGAAUCGCGGACCCCAAGUUUCCUUCAUCGCUCUAUUAUCGGCAGACCGACACGAAACCCUUCCACGCGCAUCUCAGCUUUGAAGACGCCGCUUCUUCUAUCUACUUUGAUAAGUCAGGCCUCCAUGUCACAGGUGAGCAUGGCUUCAGAAUGGCAAGAGCCAACGUUGCGGCAAGGGAAGGUCGCUGGUAUUGGGAAUGCAAAAUCACCAGGGGAUGUAUCAAGGAUCGCAAACCCGACGACCCAGAGUCUCAUGGCCAUGUGCGCAUGGGCUUUGCGCGGAGAGAGGCUUCUCGAGACGCCCCUGUGGGCUACGAUGCAUACAGCUAUGGCCUGCGCGAUGUGGCUGGUCAAAAGCUGCAUAUGUCGCGGCCAAAAGAGUUCUUCCCUGCUGGUGAGGACAUACAGGAGGGCGAUGUCAUUGGCCUCGAGAUUCAGCUUCCCUCUGAACAUUUACACCGCAAGGUCGUCCAGGGCAGCUAUAAUCCCGCUGUCGAUGCAGCAGACGACGAGGUCGGCUCCACGACCCAAGGUCCCAACAUUGUCCGGGAUCGCAUCCCUUUCCGCUUCCAGACCUCCAAGCUUUGCUUUGAGAAGUUUGACUACCACACCAUCAAGGAGCUCGAGGAUCUCAUGAACCCGGCGUCCAUGUCAUCGUCCGGCAGUGGAGCCGCGAAUGAGCCACCCAACCCCAACCAUCCUAUCCCUUGCAUGCGCACUCUCCCCAACUCAUACAUCAAGAUCUACAAGAAUGGAGUACUGAAGGGCACUCCCUACACGGACCUGCUCGCCUUCUUGCCUCCAGCCUCCAGCGCCAACCCCAAGAUGCAGGAGGGUGCUCGGGAACGGCUGGACGACGGGACAUUGGGCUACUACCCAGCCGUGAGCGUCUUCCGCAACGGCGCGGCAGAGGUCAACUUCGGUCCCAACUUCUGGUACCCCCCGCCAGGCCACGAGAACCCCAGUGAGGACGUCGACAUGGUCGACGCGGGUGCCCCUGCUGUUGCCACGCCAGCCGACCGUCUCAAGAAGCUGCGCCCUGUGGGCGACCGCUACGACGAGCAGAUUGUCGAGGACAUUGUCUACGAUAUUAUCGACGAGGUCCACUUCUGGAUGCAGGACGGCGGCCGAGUGGUCGACCGCGUUGAGAACGGUAUCAUGCGGGAGGAGAACAGAAGCAGGGGUAUGGCAUUGGAGGACUAA